CAGAACGAGUCCCCAGAAGUUGGCUUCUCAUCUCGGCACAAGGCUUUGAAGCCACUUCCAGAGGGGAGAUCUUCAGGGGUGUUACAAGUCGUGGUGCUGCGGAUCCUUGCUCCUGUUUCACUGUGGUUACCGACCACGCUUUUAGCUGAGCAACGUGCAAUGCUAGCAGAGGAGUUCAGAGCAGCUUCUCACAGGCUCAGCCUUGGCCCAGAUAAAACGGUAAUAGACCUCACAGAUCCAAAUCGCCCCCGAUUCACAUUACAGGAGCUGCGAGAUGUAUUGCAAGAGCGCAACCAGCUGAAAGCUCAGCUUCUUGUGGUGCAAGAGGAGCUACAGUGCUACAAGAGUGGGAUCAUCUCACAGAGAAGGAACCAAACUGAAGAACUGGAAAAAGAAGCCAGCAGCAGGAGCCCUGGCACCAGCAAGGACAAUGAAGAAAAGACAAUAAUCAAACGGCUGUUCUCAUUUAAACAUGGAAAAUGA